AUGGCGAACAUGGAGGAAUUGCUCGAGCAGUGGGUGGCGGCGAGGGACCGCAAGGACUACGCAACGGCUGACGGCCUUCGCGCAGAGCUUCGAGCGUUGGGCGUUGAUGCUUUCAAGUCCCAGCAGUCGCUGGCGGAAGGGGGUGCACUGGUGCCCACCGUGCCGCCGCCACACUUUUCACCAGCGCGGCUCUGCAAGAAGUGGGCUCGUGGUCAGGCGUGUGAGGAGGCCACCUGUUCGUUUCGGCACGAGUUUCUCGACCCGAACGAAGAGUCGGCCGCCAAGCGUGCUCGUCUCCAGCGCUCAGCUGCCCUCUCACUCGCUGAAGACAACGACGACGACGUCGCUGCUGGCGCGAAGGUGGCGCAUGCCUCACGUCACCUCGAGUUUGGCCAGUUCGUGAGGAAGACCUUUGGCAAGAGCAGAGCGCUGUACAGUCUGCCCGCUGCUGCGGCAGCAGCGGCGGCUCCGCGCGCGCUUCCGUGCGAUGACCCGUGCGAUGACCCGUGCGAUGACCCGUGCGAAGUGGAGGCCGGUGCAAAGGAGAAGCUGCAGCCUCGCGCCACCGGCCAGCCUGGAGCGACUCGUCUGGCGGCGGGCGCAGCAUCCGCUCGCGUGCGCGUGGCGCCAGAUUCGGAGCGCGCGGAGCGAGGACUGAGGCACAAACGCACCGGGUCGACGCGAGGGGCGGCGACGCUGCUGCCGGCGGAGGUGCGUGUGCACGACUACGACGAGAGCGAGUACCCGUUCACCGACUUUGUGUGCGAGGCACUGGGCGUCGAGCCGGCGGAGCUCGCACGGCUACACACGACGCCCGCCGGCGUCUACUGCCAGCAGCACGCGACACGCUCUGGACACGACCCGUUCCGCCGCCGCUGGCUCUCCUUCAUCGACCGCUCGCUCAACCCCGAGGCGCGCCGCCGGCUCGACGAGCUGGUCGCGAGAUUCGUGGCGAAGCGGCUGCGAGCGGCGACUGGCGAUCGCUGGGAGCAUUUUGUCUACCAGGCGGAGCCGUCGAUGCGCGUGCAUCUCGCGGGCACGAGAUCGCUCGGCAUUCGGCACUGCGACGCCGAUUAUUAUCACCAGCCCAACGAGAUCAACUUUUGGAUCCCGCUCGUCGAGCGGGUGUGGGGGGCCAACUCACUACAGUGUGAGUCGUCACCGGGCGCGGGCGACUUUGCGCCCUUUGAGGCGUCGCGCGGCCAGUUCGUGCAGUUCCACGGCAACCAGGUUGUGCACUACAACGUGGCCAACACGACGGACGUGACGCGUGUCUCGCUCGACUUGCGUGUCGUGCCGCUCCCGCUCUUCGCGCCGGAAUGGGCCUCGCCCAAGGGCACUGUCCCCUUCCGCCUCGGACAGUACUACAGCAGCACCUCGUCCAGAGGCGGAGCGAGCGUUGUCUCCGUGCAUGUCUCCGUGACGCUCACGAUCGCACCCUCCGCUCCCGUCGUCACCGUGAGGCUAGCUGUCAGGCUGUGA